UAUUGCAAACUGGUAUUUCUUGCCAUAUUAUUUUAAUGUAUCGUCUUAAUUAUAAACACGCUGGUUUGUAGCAAAAACAGUUUUACAGUUACUGAACUUUGAUAUUCUUCUCGUUACUUCGGCUAAUAAUUUGGAAGUCUCGCACAUUCACAAAAAACACCCUUCCGCGUUGAAAACCUUUUUUUAGCAGUCAUAAAAGUGAUUCUUUAUUCAAAAUAAAUACCUACUCAAGGGAGUAUGCGAUUUCGGACGUGACCCCAAUUUCAUGUCCACGACAACCACCUAGUGGAAUAUCAAUUUAAAAAUGCGUUUUGUCUAGCCAUUUUGGACCUUAUUGCCUGCCGUACUGAAAGCGUCCAUAGCAGCCAGAGACCUGUUGACAACGGGAAUCCACUAAUUUACAGCUUACCUUACAUUUCAAUGCAGCGAGGGUUGUUUGGUGUGAUUUAAAUGUUUUCCUUGGUGUUAAUGGUGUGAAAAUGACUUUAAACAAUCCAGCUGUUUUUCUUCUCAUGGUCAAUGGGCAAAUCGAAGCAGCCGAUUUUCCAGAAUAUGAUGAUCUGUACUGCAAGUAUUGUUUUGUUUAUGGACACGACUGGGCGCCCACAUCAGGCUUGGAAGAAGGCAUUUCUCAAAUAACAUCAAAAGGUAGAGGAUCUCAGAGUUUGGUGUGGAAUUUCCCAUUGGACAUCACAUUCAAAAGCACUAACCCAUUUGGCUGGCCCCAGAUUGUAGUCAGUGUGUAUGGCCCUGACACCUUUGGAAAUGAUGUUGUGAGAGGUUAUGGAGCCGUGCACAUCCCGUUUACACCUGGAAAACACACCAAGACCAUUCCUAUGUUUGUUCCUGAGUCUACGUCAAGACUGCAGAAGUUCACAAGUUGGCUGAUGGGAAGGCGUCCAGAGUUCACGGAUCCCAAGGUUGUUGCUCAAGGAGAGGGAAGAGAAGUCACAAGGGUGCGCUCACAAGGUUUUGUCACACUACAGUUCAACAUUGUGACUAAGGACAUGAAGAAGCUGGGUUAUGACACUACAUCAAUAGAGCAAUCACCUGCAAGAACAUCACAACAGCUUUUAUAACCUUGAGGAUAUUUUUUUGUACCUUAGUUGCUUAAUUCAGUAUACAUUGUAGCAUUGUAGCUUUAUAACUAUACAUGUUAUUGUUUAAUCAGUUUUGUAGGUUUUUAAAUAAACUGAUCUUGUUUUAUUUGU